AUGAACACAGAAAGGCCUACUACACCAAUUGGGCGCAAACCAAGUAGACCAUCUGAAUUAUCUUCUAAUGGAUCCACGGUCAAGGUUGAAAAUGAAGUCAGUCUGUUUACGGGAUCUCUGAUGCAUGACAAUUGGGUGUACAACUCCGUCUUCGGGAAUGUGCGAGCUCAAGAUGUCGCGAGCCAAGCAUCCACUGAGCAGAACGAACUUCCAUCAGAUGAAAAAGAUCGGCCAGAAGGUCGAAUUCCUGCCUACUGGUGGUGCACUAAAACAGGCGCAUCUAAAGUGGCCCAUAUAGCUCCGGUUGUUCCACAACCAUCGGAAGUCAGCUGCGACACACCGAUGCAUUGGCGCAAUACUCCCCGAUGGAACAUUCCUCAAAUUGAAGUGCGUAUAACGGGACACUGGACCGUGCGGCGUCCCCGAAGUGGUUCCUCUCAGUCUCUCGGGACAGACGAUGGCAGCCAGUUGACUUCAGACUCGGUGAUUUCCAAGUCGGCUUCUUCAGAUUGUCAACGAAGUAACAAAAUGCAUUCGAUGCCACGGCUCCGGCUCGUUACUGAUCGUGAGUCGAACUUGUCCGUUUUAAUGGGGUUUAAAGUAGAUAUAUUAAAAUGA